AUUUAAAUACACAUAUGCACUUAGAUAUAAUAUUCAAACUUCCUUGUCAAAUUUAAGCAGUAAAUAUAAACGGAAGGUGAAAUGAAUAUCAGUAUUUUUGUUAUAUUUGCUGUGAUUAUAGCAGUCAAAGCAUGGCCAUGUGUAUCACCAAUCAGAAAAGUAUUCAGUCGUGUCAACACCGAUACUCUUCUUCAAUUCUCUGCUGACCUUACAAAUUUGAUUGCACCAAGAGUGUUUGACGUCAAGUUUUUUGACGGUAGUUUUAAGGCUAGAAUAACAUACUAUCCAGACAGGAGUCCUACAACUGAUGUAUUACCAGGUCUCGGUACAGCUGUUGAUAGAGAUGGUGAUGUAGUUCUUUUACUACCUAAUAUCCAACAUAAUGAUACAGGCGUUUAUAUAUUGACAACUGCAGGAAUUUCUUCAAAAUGCAACUGUUUAUACAUGUUAGGUAUCCCCAGAAAGCCAACAGUGACAGUGAAUAAAACACCAUCUGUAGGAGAAAGUGCAAUUUUAACAUGUAGUAGCACAUCAACUACUAUACCCAGCAACCACAGCCUCAGUUUGAAAUACUCAUGGAGAGUUAACAACAUAGAGAAUCCGGCUGGUACGAAAUACUCAUACACGACAAGUAAGGAUAAACUAACUGUAUCAAACAUUUUGAAGGAAGAUGCAAAUAUACAGUUUACAUGUUCAGCUACAGAAGAUGUUACUGAUGGAUACACAUCAAACAGCAGUGAACUAUUUUCAUUUGACGUGCAUUAUGGUCCGGAUUUGGUCAGUGUUAACGUAACAUCACCAUAUGUUUUGACUGAAGGGGAGAAAAUGUCAAUAGAAUGUACAGUUGACUGUAAUCCUAGGUGUACCUAUACAUGGACAAAUGUUACAAGUGGCGAAGUAAUCAAUUCUAAAAAUGAUAAAUUAUAUAUCGAAUCAGUUGAUAAAUAUAUGAUAGGAGAUUACCAAUGCAAAGCUGAAAACACCGACUCCUCGUAUUCCAAAUCUGCUGAUGCUAUUGUCAGUGUCAAUAUAAAAGAACGAACACAGGUGAAAUUGUUUUAUGUUGGCAACAACGUUAGUCAGUCAAUGAUGACCAUCCAGGAGAAUAAUGUUGAUAUCAGAUUUACAUGUGAAGUCAGUGGGGACCCUGCUGUGAAUAUCAAAGUGAUAUUUAAUGACGAGAUUUUAAAAGAACAAGCCAAUACAAAUUCUUUGAUAUAUACCAUCGACACAGCGUCUUGCCUUAAUAGUGGCGAAUAUAAAUGUGAAACAAGAAAUCAGAAAAAAGAAAUCUCACACAGAUACGUAUCACUGUUUGUCAGAUGUUCACCACGCCCACUUCGUAAGACCGAAGAGAAUAUCACAAGUUUACUAGGUACACCUGUUAAAUUGACAUUCGUUGCGCUAGCAUAUCCUGAGCCAGGUCCGGAUGGAUUUACUUGGUUCAAAGAGAUAGGAUCAAGAUGGACUCAAGUUUUAAGCAAUGAAGAUUAUAAACUUUCUUCGUCCGGUCUAGAAAGCAAUCUUACAAUUAUAAGCGUUUCAAAAAUUGAUUAUGGGCAAUACCGUGUGUCUGUCGAGAACAGCAUUGGUUCUUAUAACCAAUAUAUCUUCCUUGUGAGACAAGAUUUACAUAAUAUUAGUUCGGAAGUCAGCCAAGAAGAAUGUAAUUGUGGUAGUAUACUGGCAAUUGCUAUAGUCUGCGGAGUCCUCACUGUAAUUGUAACAACUUAUGCUGCAUCAAUUACAAUUUUAUGGAGAAGAAAUGUCUCAAUCAAUAAGAAAAGAAGAACAACAGUUACUAAGAAUGACAAAGACAGUGUGGUCGGCUCAACUCAACAACAAAUAGUAUCACGCAUGCAAAUCAGUGACAAAAAAGUGGGCUGGUAUCUGAUGAAUAACACCAUCAAAAUACAAUGGGAUGAUAAAUGGCAGUUAUGUGUAACAG